AUGUAAAAAAAUAUUAAUGAUGAUGAAAUUGAUCCAUGCUAAUUUAUAAAAAAUUUAGAUACUGGAGAUACAUAUAGUGUUAAUAACUUUGGAGAACUAGAGAUUGAAUUUAAAAAAUAUACACCUUUAAAUUCCAAGAAAAGUAGAUGGGAGUCUUUCUGGACAAAAAUGGAAGAAAUAAAUGAAAAAUUAUAUGAUGCAUGUGAAAAAGGUGAUGAAGAAAUUGUUACAAGAUUACUUAAAGAUUAAAUAGAUUUAAAAUAAUAAGUAUAAUAAUAAAAUCGAUCAAACAAUUCCACUCUAAUUGGAGAAGAUUAUUAACAAUUUAUUGGAUUAAUAAAUGUUGAUUGUAAAGGUUUAGAUGAUUGGACAGCUUUACAUCAUGCUAUAAAUAACAGAAGGGUUGGAAUAGUAAAAUUAUUACUUGAUUCUAAUGCUAAUCCUAAUUUAUGUACUCAAAUGAAGAGUACUCCAUUACAUUUAGCAUGUUUAAGAAGAAGUCUGGAAAUAGUUAAACUUCUGGUUAAAAAUAAGGUUGAUUUGAAUUGUUAAGACAAAGAUUUAAAUACACCUUUGCAUAUUAGUUCAGAAUACGGUGAAAUACAAAUUGUAGAAUUUUUAUUGGAAAAUGGGGCGAAUGGUAUAUUAAUAAUAUGAUCACUCUUAUUAGCAUCUUUAAAGAAUAUUUAUUAAAAGUCUCCUUAUGAUAUGACCAUGUCACCAGAUAUAAGAAAGCUUCUCGAAAAGUAUGUACCUAAUUCUGGAGGUUAUUAAUCAAGAUCAUUGAUAUAUGGAUAAGUAGUAAAAAAUUGUAGAGCUGAUCAUAUAGAAAGACUAUUAGGUAAAGUAAAUGAAUUAUCAAAAAUGGAAAGCAUGAAAUAGGCAUAAUAAAUAAUGAUAAAGAGGGAAUCAUCGUCUUUAAACGAAUCUCAAGUUAUUCCAUAAUUUAUUAAUGUCAGUGUUAAUGUAAAGAAAUUAUAAAUUAAUUAGGUUUCUUCACCAGAGGGAUAUAGAUUUCAUAAAUUACUUGGUAAAGGUAGUUUUGGUGAAGUUUACUUUGCAACUAGAAAAUUAGAUGGAGAAUAAUAUGCUAUAAAGACUCUUUGUAAAGAGAAAGUAUUUACUAAGAAUUUAACAAGAUAUGCAUAAACAGAAAAGAAUGUUCUUAGUGUUAUGAAACAUCCUUUUAUAGUUCGAUUACAUGCGGCAUUUUAAAAUUCAUCGAAGUUAUUUAUGGUUUUAGAUUUUUGUCCUGGAGGUGAUUUAGGAAAUUUAUUAACUAAAUAUGUUAAAUUUAGUGAAGAUGUGGCUAGAUUUUAUAUUUGUGAAAUUAUAUUGGCAUUAGAAUCUUUACAUAAAAGUUGUAUAAUAUUUAGAGAUCUGAAACCUGAUAAUGUUGUAUUAGAUAAUAAAGGACAUGCAAAACUAACAGAUUUUGGAUUAUCAAAAGAAGGAGUUUAUGAUAACAUAACAAAAAGUUUUUGUGGUUCAAUAGCUUAUCUUGCACCAGAAGUUUUAAUGAAAAGAGGUCAUUCAAGAACAGUUGAUUGGUAUUUAUUAGGUGUUCUACUUUAUGAAAUGAUUGUUGGAAUGCCACCUUAUUAUCAUUAAGACAGAGAAAUGCUAUUUGAAAAUAUUAAAAAAGGAGUUUUAAGAAUUCCUAAAUCUAUGAGUGAAGAAGCUAAAGAUUUAAUUAGAUCACUUUUAGUUAGAGAUCCUUCUUAAAGAUUAGGAGCUAAAACAGAUGCUGAAGAAAUUAAAAAACAUUCAUUCUUCAAAAAUAUAAAUUGGGAUGAUAUUUAUAAUAAAGUAUAAGAUGGUCCUUUCAUUGAAAAAGAUAAUUCAAAAUAAUGGGUCAAAGAAACUAUUGAUGUAAUUUAGUUUUUUUAUUCUAGUUAAAAUUUGAAGAUCAUUCUUAAUCUAAUUAAAGAAUAUCUGACUGGUCUUUUAUUCAAUGA